AUGCCUAUUGCUGGGGGACCAAAGAAACCCGACCCCGGCGAGCCUUAUCUAACAGAAGACCGCGAUGUGAUCCCUAUGAUCAGGCAAGCUCUUGCAAGGGCUGACCAGGGUGAUCGCGAUAGGCUCCGUGACCUGGCUGCUGAAAUCGGAUCACGAUGGGGGAUCGAGGACGACGGCGACCGCCUGGCCCUCUUUGGCUGUGAGAUCCUCCGGCUCGUACGGCCGUAUCUCAAUAACCCUCAGAUCAGCAUAAGCUUCCUUGAUGAUGAGAUACAGAGCCUUCGGACUCUCAAGUGGGCUCUCAACAGAGGGCAGCUAUGGCGGAGGCAGAAGAUGUUCCUCGAGGCCCUUCGUCUGCUAGAUAAAGUAAGAUAUCAGGGAGCAGUCGAUGGAGGUGCUGCUCGCGUUGAAGAAGAUGGGCGAUGCGUGACUAUAGAGGAAGACCAGGCCAGGCCAGUCAUGGUCUUGGACCACGAGAGCGCGACUGCCGAAGACAGCAAGGUCAGUGGCAACUCGGAAGAGCGUUGA